ACAUUUUAUUGUUUGUUUAAUGGAUUGUGAAAACUGAACACAAACAUAAUUGGUUUUAAUGAUUUUUUUAACAUAAAGUGACAAUGUUAGGCACAGUUCGACAAUUAACCGAAAUGGGAACAGCGGCAAAUGUAGCAUCUACAUUUAGUUAUUGGCAUACAGGCGAUACACCGCGUUCAGAUCCUGUUCUUGAUAUGCCCACACACUUAAAUUAUGCAGGUGCUUUACAAGAUGUUGCGAAAUUAAAAUCAGUACGACGUCCUGUCUUUUUAAUGAAUGAUAAACAAACACAUGAUGUAUUUGGUAUUGCAUGCGAUAAAAAUUGUUCAUGUGAUGGAAAUGAUACAUCCAAGCAUUUUAUGACACCACUAGGUCCAUUACAAUUAACUGCAGAAGAAUGUAAUGAAAUACUUAUGAAACGUGCAGCUGCGGCUGCAACACAACAGCCAACAUUACAAAUGGUUUCAAAUAUACAAAUCACAGCACCCGAAGACCCACCAGAUGUGAAGCCAGUUAUGAAAAAUCAGAAUCCAGCGAAAGAAAGACCUUAUUCAUGUCAAGAAUGUGGUAAAUCAUUCUUAUUAAAACAUCAUUUAACCACACAUUUACGUGUACAUACAGGGGAACGUCCGCAUGCUUGUCCACAUUGCGGAAAAGCAUUCGCACACAAACAUUGCCUGAAUACUCAUUUAUUGUUACACAGUAGUGAGAGGCCAUUUCAGUGUCCUGAAUGUAAAAAGAGCUUUACAUUAAAACAUCAUUUGUUGACACAUACCCGAGUCCAUACUCGUGAACGUCCGUUUGUUUGCAAUGAAUGUGGAAGAACUUUCCCCUUAAAAAGACAUUUGGUGACACAUUCGAAAUUUCAUGCUGGUGAAAGACCAUUUGUAUGCACUGUAUGCGGUGAAUCUUUUGCAUUAAAAGACCAUUUAGUAAUGCAUUCAAGAUUCCAUGGAUCGUUAACGCCGUUUGUAUGUCCCGAUUGUGGAUCGACAUUUCAACGUAAAUUUGAAUUGGUUAAUCAUGCACGAUUGCAUGGAAAAAAUCCACAUCAAUGUCCAGUUUGUAAUAAGGAGUUUUUACAGAAGCGUACCCUUGUUGCACAUAUACGUUUACAUAAUGGCGACUCACCAUUCAAUUGUCUACAAUGUGGUGAAUCAUUUCGUGCAAAAUCGGAGUUAACACAACAUACAAAAAUGCACAAUCCAGAGAAGCCAUUAAUAUGCAGUGAGUGUGGUAGUUGUUUUAAUUCACGUGAAGCAUUAGCAUUACAUGUUCGUCUACAUUCUGGUGAUAAAGCAUUGGUAAAUGAUUUAUGUAUGUUAACAGCCUCAUUACAACACACCCAACAACAAUUUCAAACCCAACAAACAAAUGGUCCACCCACAUCCACAACCAAUAACAUUCAACAUCAGCAACAAUCUGUUAUAAAUAAUACUUCGGCAUCCGCCACAACAGCCUCGUCCGCCGCAUCCAAUUUAAACAAACCAAAACCACAUAUAUGUCCACAUUGUGGUAAAGCUUUUGCAGCAAAACAUGGCCUGUUACAACAUAACAAACGGCAUCCAGAUGGUGGAUGUACAAUACGUACACAUGUAUGUGAAACAUGUAACAAAGCGUUCUUCCAGAAAAAUCAUUUAAUGUUACAUCAACGGCAACAUACUGAGCAACAUGCUCGGAACGUGUCAGCUGCAUCAUCGGUUAUUAUUUCACAACAGGAGGCACAGAAUCAACGAAUGCAACAGCAACAACAGCAGCAACAGCAGCAUCAUCAUCAACAGCAACAGGUUUCAUCGAAUCAAGUACAGAAUAAUUCUCAGAGUUAGUUCUAGAUGUCGCCGCGUUUGAAUUAUGAUAAUUGUGACGUUAUUUUGUAUCAUCAUCGGCUAUUUCACAGGUUUAUGUAUGUCAGUAAUUAAUUUGUAGUUUUUAUUUUUCUUGGAUAAGGUUACUAUUUUCAAACAGCUGUUUUUUUUAUUCUAAUCAAUAACCCGUAAAAUGGGAAUCAAAGCUUCGUUAUUUGUCUUACGACUUAACUCAGGAAUAAAAUUUACACUAGUUUUAUCAACUUUUUAUGAAAAAAAAAGAUACUCCAAAGAAAAGAAACGUCUCAGUGAAAAAAAUAAUACCCUAAUAUAUUAAUGAUAGCAAAAUGAAAACAUGUUAUGUGAUUGUUUCGAUUAUAAGCAGGUAAAGUUAAUGAUACGUAGCGAAAUAUCACAUUAUCUUCCGUACGAAGCACGUGUGUCGCAAAAUCACAUCUCUCCUCACUUUACAAAGACUUAACAACAAAGUUCAAAUUCCGAAAAACAGAGUGAAAUUACUUUUGGAAUAUCUUCUGUUAUUAAGAUUUGACACCUUAUAUUUGAUUUCAGGUGUUGUGUUAUUAUAAAUUACACAAUUCAAAUUCCAAUACGAACAGUC